GUUGUUAUGGUUAUGCGACCAGUUUACGAAGUUUUCCCUUUGUUUUUAUAUCGUUUUCCUCUGGCAGAGCAACUUAAUGAACGUCGAUGGUUUACAGAAAACACCAUUUGGUUGUGGAGAAGAAGGCAAAUAUGACUUUACAGAACAGAACAUUGGGUGGGAGAUAUCGGAUAACUCACGGCGACAGUAAUUUUAGCUUAUUGUAUGUGAUAUCUGAAUUGAAUGCAUAUAACAUAAGAUAGCUUCAAUUUAACAUGUAAUACUCGUAUAUCUUCUGUAACUUAUGGUGUACUCGAC